AUGGAUCAGCAGGUUGUCACGGUUGAUCAGUUCACGGUCGCCAUGGCUUCUAUUCAGGAGGCUUUGGCUAGCCUCAGGCAGGAGAUCGGUGGUCAGCAGGUUAGGCCACCGACAGUUCAGGAUGAGACGCCAUAUGACUCACACCCACCUCCACCACCCCCACCCGUUCCUUCAGUGCAUCAGGCAUCACCAUAUGUAUUACACGGGCAUUCUGAGAUCGCUCCACCCGUAGUCGCCCAGGUCGUUGUCGCUGAUGACAAGCAUGCGCGCAUGGACCGCAUCGAGCAGUGUAUGAGGCAGAUGAGAGUGUCAGAUGGAUCAGUUGUUUGGGAUGAUUUUGGGGGUAUGCCAGUAGCCAGCUUGCCGGCUAAGUUCAGGAUGCCAGAUAUUGAGAGGUACACUGGUAUUGGUUGUCCGCGCCUCCACCUCAGACUUUAUAGCACCGUGAUGAGGGCUCAUGGACUGGACGAGCCUCAGAUGAUCACUCUUUUCCCCCUAUCUCUGAGUGGGGCGGCUCAGCGCUGGUUUGCGUCUCUAGAGUCCUCGAGACGCCGUACAUGGGAUGACUUGGCCCAGGAGUUCCUACGACAGUUUUCGUUUAACACUGUUGUAGACGUAUCGAGGAGAGAGCUCGAGGCUUUGAGGCAGAGGACAGAGGAGUCCCCGAGGAUCGCCAGACAUGUGGUCGGGGUCCCGUUCGCAGAUUUUGGAUCUCUGGUUAUGGCUUUGUAUGAUGUCGAGGACGGCAUCUCGAGAGGUUUAUGGGCAGAUUCUUCCUUUAGUGAUGUUAAGGGGAAUAAACCAUUCAUAGGACCGAGGCCGACAGAGGUUGGUGUUAUCAAUUCAUCCAGUCAGAGGCCUCUCCGACGCCAUCAGCCGAUCCCACAGUUUUCCGAGCCUCAUUCUUCCUAUGCAUCUCAUCAGUACAGGCCACGGGCACCUCGUCCGACUUUUGAUCAGACAUAUCAGACUCAGACAUUGGUUUUACCUUCUUAUGCCAAUCAGGGCAUUGAGAGACCCGCGGUCUCCUACACAGCCACAGGGCAGCCAUGCUACGCUGCUCAGUUCACCGCGAAACCUGCGGCGCCUUAUCCCCGACCUGGAGCCCAGCAGACUUCUGCUCCGUUUGCUUUGAGGACGCAGAGGCAGUUCUCGCAGAUAGGCAUGCCGUUGAGCCAGGCUCUUCGGAAGCUUACGGAGGCUGGUUUAUUGACUGCUCUCACCCCUCGGCCACUACCUCAGCCGAUUCCAGCUCAGUUCAGGAUGGAUUUACAUUGUGCUUAUCAUCAGGGACCUGGACAUGAGACCGAUCGAUGCACCGCUCUGAGGCACGCUAUUCAGGAUCUGAUAGACCAGGGUUUGGUACGCUUGGGCCAGCCGAGUGUGACCACAAACCCGUUGCCGACCCACACCACACAUGCAGUUCCUCCACCAGCUGGUGGUAUUCAUUUCUUGGACUUCGAUGAGACUGAUGAUCAUGUCCAUAUGUUGAGUUGGGAUGAUCCAGACCCAGAGCCUAUCAUGCCAGCUGGGAUUUAUGAGACGAGUGGGGUGACUCUAGAGCCACAGAUGCCUGCUCCAUUCCGAUUAGUUCCUGAGGCAGCAUUUGUACAAGCGGCCACUUCCGAGCCUCUGACAUUCACACGCUAUAGCGUUCAGGCGCCGUACAUUCUAAUCCCAGAUGUUGAGGAGGUUCGAGCUCCACAUGUUGAUAUUUCUCAGACUCCGGACAUCCAGUAUAUCCUUCGAGGGGGUAGAGUGAUGCGACAGCCACCUCCCGCGGCAGCUAGGCCAGUUGAGGGUACAUCUGCUUCCCAGGAGGAGGUCAGAGCAGAGGAUAACGAGAUUUUGAGGCAGUUGCAGAGCACUCAGGCUCGUAUUUCUAUCUGGAGCCUUUUAGCGUCCUCCAGUACUCAUCGGGAUGCACUGACUCGAGCUUUGAGCCAGAUCAGAGUUGAUACCACGACCACUCCCGAGGAACUCAUUCAUAUGAUGACGGGCUCAGACCACACUCGCCCGCUCUACAUAUCUGUUGGUUGUUCAGGACGCCGAGUCCCAUCUGUCCUUUUGGACAAUGGCUCGGCCCUGAACGUAUGUCCUCUUGCCACCGCCAUCGCUCUUGGAUACGCACCAUCUGAUUUCGGCCCAUCCACUCAGACCGUCCGAGCUUAUGACAGCACCCGUAGAGAGGUCAUGAGUACAUUGGAGAUCGAGCUGCUGAUCGGUCCAGCCACUUUUGUCGCUGUAUUCCAGGUUUUGAGGAUUCCUACAUCCUUUAACCUGCUUCUGGGCCGACCAUGGAUCCACAGAGCCGGGGCCAUUCCUUCUUCCCUUCAUCAGAAGGUGAAGUUUAUUCACGGCGGUCAGGUCGUCGUGGUGCAGUCUAUGGGAGACAUGUUCAUUGCUGCCGAGCCUGUGCUCGAGAUUAGUCACACUGAUGACGAUCUUUUUCUGACUGGAUUCACCUUCGAUGAGGUGCAGACCGUGGAGAUAGAGGAUUUCUGUCGGGAUUUUGUGGCCAUGUCCUUUGACCAGCAUGGGAGCACAGUGGUGCUCGAUAUUAUGCGGAGCAUGUCCUAUCUACCUGGCAUGGGGUUGGGUCGACGUCAGCAUGGACCGAGUAAGUUCAUAGCCAUCCCUGAUCACGACGUACCGUUCGGACUCGGGUUCAUCCCCACUGAGGCCGAUUAUCUCUACAUGGCGCGUUUGCGCAAGGAGAGAGUGAGGGCUCGACUGACCCACACACCUUUCUAUUACCCUAUGUGUCCGUACACCAGGAGCCUAGCAGAUUACUUUGUGAGGGCAUCGGAGCCGCACACACCAUCUGACGGGAUUGUCGGAGGACUUAGCACCACCCAGGAGGCCGAGCUUCAGCGCCUUGUCCAGUAG